AAAUUACUACAUGUAUUUCUCAAUUUACAAACACGUCCAUUCUUAUCAAAUCCAUUUAACCACUGAAAACCAACUCACUGGAGUUGGAAUUCGCCUUUGGUAUUCUCGCUUGUCUCAGUUAUUGGCUCCUAUAGAGUUAAAUUGAAUGAAUAGAUACGAGGUCACAACAAAACAGGAAACGAUUUAGUAGAACAAAUUUGAUUAGAAUUUGCAGCAAUGGACUCCUACAAGAAUAUUACCGAAGUCGAAAUGAAUCAGCUCGUGCUUCCUUCGCAUACAAACGAGCGACAAGAACACUGCCUCAGUGGUGGACAGCUGCUGAAGUGGAUGGACGCAGCAGCUUGUCUGUCGGCUGAGAAACACGCUCGAACUUCUUGUGUGACCGCCUCCAUGGACGAACUCUAUUUUGACCAACAAAUUUAUGUUGGUCAAGUAGUUAACAUCACUGCGCGAGUAAAUCGUGCUUUCCAUACAAGUAUGGAAGUUGGAGUAAGGAUACGAGUUGAAGACCUGCUUAGCGGCGAGAUACGAAAUGUUUGUAAGGCUUUCUUUACUUUCGUAGCCUUGGAUAAGAAUCACCAAAAACAGCAAUUGACCCCCGUGGUGCCUUUCACAGAGGAAGAGAAAUCUCAAUACGCUCUCGCCAACGAGAGGAGGAGAAUGCGUAUUCAGUACCCAGUCAACCUGAGAGAGCUUGCUAAAAAGCAGAAUGACCAGCAUGACAAUGAAAUGUACACACCGGAGAGUGAGACCCGCUCUAACGGAGAGAUUGCACCUGUCAAUACCUCGUUAGAAAGUGUAGAGCUAGUUCUUCCUCCUCAUGCAAACCAUCAUCAAACAGCUUUCGGGGGUCAAAUCAUGGCGUGGAUGGUAGCUGCCUGCACCAUCACAGCUACUCGCUUGUGUCGAUCUCACCCACAGUUGGAAGCAGUCGACGAGGUCAAGUUCCGCGGACCCAUUAAGGUGGGAGAUAGGGUGGUCAUCAAAACGAUGGUGAACAACACGUAUGACGUUCAUAUGGAGGUGGGAUGUAGAGUAGAAGCUUACUCCAUUGGUGGUGAGGUGCGACACGUAAACAGUGCGUUCCUGAUUUUUGCAGCCCCACGGCGCACUGACGGCAGGGGAGACUUGAAAAUGUUACCCAGGUUAAUGAUGGAGACGGACGAACAAAAACGGCGAGCAUUUGAAGCUAUGGCUAGAAAACGCCUGCGCUUUGAGCGUGAGCAAAUCCGCAAAUCUGUUGGUCCUGUGAUUGCCAUACCUUGGAACCAGUGCAUUAGUCAAUUGCUUAACUUUAACAACAUAGAGGCUCUGGUGAAACUGUACCAGCUAACAAAAUGGCAAGAGGUGCAAUCAUCUAAAGGAGUCACGCUCUCCAAGUGUGAAAGCGGCAACCAUCUGUGUGUAAAGGCCUCGUACUCUAUACACCUCCCGGCUGAAGUUAUUUUCACUUUGCUGAGGAAUGAGAAAGCCCGCAAAGAAUGGGAUCCUCUUUUGAUUAAAGUUCAAGUGAUAAAAGUCGUUGAUGACGAUGAUGAGAUACUCCACAUGGUACUACAGAACAAGAUGCAUAACGCAACAAAACCAGAUGACGUAGUGCUCCUAGUGUCACGCAGGGCUCCUUGUGAUGGCAGAGACCACUUCACCAUCGCCUACCGGUCAGUAGUACUGACAACACUACCCCCAUACCCAGAGUACAAUAGGAAAGAACACUUGUGCUCAGGGUUACUCAUUAAAGAAACUGAAGGGGAGGAGGGUAAGUCUACUCUAACCUACAUCAAUCAAACAACACGUGAGUUACAGACCUACGUCAUGAAAGAUUUGCAGGGUGUCACCAGCUUUUACGUCAAGCGGUUCAAGGAUCUUGAGAAAUAUAUACUACUGAAGGCGCCCAGGGUCUCUCUUACAUAAGAUGAGUUAAUUGUGAGUUCUUCGCUUCAGCAUAGUUAGUGUUGUGGGAAAAUUUCUUUUCCGAUUUUAGUCAAACGUGUAGUCAAGCCAUUACGAACCCUUAUGUAUUUAGACGUGAAUUAUUUGUUUAAUUAUGAGUUAUUUUAUAAGUCAAGGCUGUGCUCUAAGGAAAA